AUGUCAGCCUCCAUCAAUUCGGAUACCGAGCUCUUGACUGAGCACUUCGGCUAUCCUCCUGUCAGUCUUAUUGACGACAUCAUCAACUCUGUCAACAUUCUCGCCGAUCGCGCCCUUACCUCUGUCGAGCAAGCCCUACUCAAUGUUCCGCCCGCAGCGAUAGGCUUCAAGAAGCCAAAAGGCUCCAAAGCAGCCGGCGCGCCUGACCCUGCUGAACUGGCCAAGAAUGAAAUCGAUGCCGGCACACAUCAGCUCGAGACUCUCCUGUGCGCCAGCAUCGACCGCAGCUUUGACAAGUUUGAAAUCUACGUGUUGAGAAAUAUUUUGUGCGUCAAGCCCGUCGACAUUAGGAAUUGGAUGCGCCUUGGCCAUUACGAUGGAUUGGACUUUUCGUCGUUGAGCAUAACCAGCGAGGCCAAUGAGGAGGGGACAGAGGGAAAUACAGAUGCCGAGGCUGGCGACAGACCGACGUUGGAAUCAAUAAAUCAAUUGCGACGCAGACUGCGCGAGAGUAUGAAGCUAAACGCAAUGCUGCACGAGGAGCAGCAGAGAAACGCGCAGCUGCUGGCAGACCUCCGGGGUCUCCUAGGCGCAAGGGACGACAAGGUCAAGGACGAGGAGCAGGCCACGGCCACGGGCACGGACGGUGAGAACGGGGUAACGACGGCCCCUGGGCCUCUGGCGUUCCUCCGCGAUGGUGUCACGCAGCUUAAGGAUGCUGGUGGCGACACGCCGCUGAGCACGACCACGGCCUUUACACUGUCACAACUCCAGGCGCUGCGAGCCCUGUCUACAUCGCUACGUACCAUGACGCCGCACCUGCAGCCUGCCGAGGGCGCAGAGGAGGAUGAGACGGAUAGCGGCCAGCACAAGAGCUGGCGACGCGAGAGACUCGAGUACGUCGAAACUGCGACGAGACGGCAUCUCGAGAGUGUGCAAGGUCUUGAGCUCGGCAAGGACGGAGAGGUCAGGGAUGGAGACUGGCAAGCCGAGGGCAGGAAUCUGGUCAGAGGCGAGGUCGAAGGUUUGGAAAGAGUGGUUUCGAUGCUCGGUGACGAGGCUGGUGCACCAAGUUCCAAUCCUCAUGACGAUCGCAUGGAUGAGUCCUGA